AUGAGCGCUUUUAUUCACAGCUCCAAUUUCACUCAAGCAGCGGAAGCAACUUCCAAUACCAUGUUUAAUUUUGAUGAGUCUGAACGCGCGUCCAGUCGCUAUACGGGUGUUGAUGCGAGAGGAUUAUACCCUCGUCCCGUCCUGACGACCUCUGUUGAUAGGGACGAGAUCAAAACUAGCCUGCAUAGCAACUCGGAAGCUACUUUCCAAUCCAGAUCGCGUAUAACUAUGGUCUCCAAUAACGCUACCGUGGACGCGGGCGCGCACAGCUACGGUAGCACGUCAGUGUUGGGACGAAACCGAGAGACGGGGAAAAGCUCCAAAUACGGAGUCAACAAAAGCCACGAAAGUCUGAGGAAUGAAGAUAGCGCCCAAGGAUUGAAACAACACACUAACACAAGUCAACGAGAGAGGAGUGAGCAGCCCCAGAUCUACCCAUGGAUGACAAAACUGCACAUGAGCCACGAGACGGAGGGGAAGCGCUCUAGGACCAGCUACACCCGGUACCAGACUCUGGAGCUGGAGAAGGAGUUCCACUUUAACCGCUACUUGAGCCGCCGCAGACGCAUCGAGAUCGCUCAUAGCUUGUGUCUGAAUGAGAGGCAGAUCAAGAUCUGGUUCCAAAAUCGGCGCAUGAAGUGGAAGAAGGACUCAAAGCAGAAAGGAAAAGAGUAACUGCACUGAACGCACGCUCUAUAGGGCUGUACAGUGGCGCGUGACCUCCAGAUGAACCUUGUGGAGCAAUGACAUCAUGACACUACGCUGCGUGCUUCAUCACCAAUUAUGUGUCACUUGCUGCAGUUUGGGACUUAAUGUAUUGAAUAUCACUCAGUUUGAUCAAUAGGUUUACAUUUCUAAAUUAAUUUGCUGCCUAUGCGAUGAUAACCUCACUUGAGAGCACUAAGAGGACAAUCUGCAAAAGCAGGGCAGCACAAUAUCAGUAGUAACCUCAUUGUCAUUAAGAUAAGAGCUAAGGAGCCGGUGUCACCUCAUCAUUAAACUUUUCUAAGUUCAGCAAAGACUUUCACAGCCCACAGUUUAAAAACACUACACUCUGUUCGGGUGUGUUUAGACGCGAGUGUUGUUACCCCAAUGAUUCCAAAAGGGAUCCACAUACUGUAAGUGAUAUUGUUGUCAUGUGAAAUUGAUACUCUAUUAAUGUUCAGCUCAUGG